UAGGGAAAGAUUGUGAUCUUGGCUGAAGGGUAAAGCUGUUGAUGUUCCGUAUUUUUGGUUCUGUCAACUUCCAGCCAAAACAGUCAAAAUGUCAGUCUGUCUCUAUAAUUUCUGAUUUUGCCACCAUGCUUUCUAAUCCUAACCCCAAUAAUAGUUUAAAAUAUGUCAGUCUAAAAAUUUUGGACCACUCAGACCUGUUUUCCUACCCUGAGAUAUUAGGCGAUGUUGCUUCCUUAUGGGUGUACUAAAGAACUGUACUUAAAGGAUAAGGCUGGCAUUGUACAACUAUUUUUUUCAACAAAUACCGUAAAAAGACCAAAACCAACAAUUGGUGAGUACAUCCCUGAAUACUGAAUACUGGAGGCUGAGGACCCUCGGCCUGUCUGUCGCUCUUUACCCCAAGUCCUUUCGUUCCUACUGAAGACGACGUUAUUUCCCAAACCGGAGUAAAGAGUGCAUUUGUUGGGGACCGUUUUCAGCCACGGAUUUGGCGCUUUCGUGAAUGUCUAUGGCAGCAGGACGGUUUGUUUAGGAUUGACUCAAAAUAAACUACAGUGCGCACGUUGACCACAAUGAAGGAGCAUGCCAGCCGGUGCAAAAGGUGUAGCUAACUUACACAUUUUUAAUUCUUUUCGGACAACAAAGGGAACUCUGUGGCGCAGAGGAACACAGUAACAUAUCAGGCUUUGGCCACACAGGCAAUACUUGUUAGCAGGAUCAAUUUAUUGUUGGUUUCUGUGUGGGACUUGUUGACAGUGAAAAAACGAACAGAAUGUCACCAGAAUUAUCUUUUAAGUAUUGAAAAAGUCAACACUGACUUGAAGGACAAUGUGAUCGAUUUAUUUCGAUAUGAAACCGAAACCACAACCAACAUUAAAAAAAAAAACUGUUUUAGUGACCUAAGCCUAACAAGACUAUGUGGAACACAGGAUGGGAAACCUGGUCUCCAUCAAAGUCCUGUGCUUUGUACCCCCAACCAUCCACCCUGACCCACUCCGUAGGACGUCUCUUGAAUUGGAAAAAUAAAAACAUUGAUAGUGAGCAUAAUCUAGGCAGCAAUCGGUGAUCGUAAGUUUAUAUUCGAAUACUAACUGAAAAUGAACUUAAAAACCAAAGCUCUUUAAAUGAUCAGGCUGAGAACAUGUUCCUUCACAGCCAAUCACAUGAAUGAGAUUGAUAGGAUGCUAGUAUGAGAGAGUAUGUAAAUUGAUUCUGAACACACAAAGGAUGCUAUUUGUAGGAAAUUCUGGAACCUUUAAUAUCGCAAACAGUGUGUGUUUGUUUUUUUGCAAUGCAACGUGCGUUGCACAGUCCCAGGGGGCAGUCCCUGUUUUGAAUAUCAGUGAUCCCUGGGGACUCGAGCUGGGGACAAAUGUGCAGGAAUUCUGCUCAACGUUUGUCAAAGGAGCAUGCAUUUAUCUUUUAUCCUUUUGUUUCUCCACCUGUGGGGGAAUGUGGAAGUGUCUUUAUCAAAGAAUGUUUGUUCAAACCUCCCAGAUGUUCCCUACGCCCAACCCGAAUACCAAGAAGGAGAUGUGAUAAAUUUCACUUGUGAAUCGGGCUACAAGUCGGCUCAAACCUCCAAAUACUUAUGCACAAGUGAUGGCUGGCUGGCAGUCCGUCAGGGAAAAUGCUACUCAUGUGCGACGCUCCCGGAUGUACCUCAUGCCUACAUUUCAGAAGAGACCAAGAGACCUGAGUACCAAGAAGGAAACAUAAUACAUUUCACCUGUGAAUCUGGAUACACAUCGGGUUCAACCAUCAAAUACGUAUGCUCGGACGAGGGCUGGCUGGCAGUCCAUCAGGGAGCAUGCCUCUAUUCAGCGACAAACUGCGACCUCCCACCUGCAGAUGCAGGGGUUACCGUGCGAGGUUUACCAGAACAUGCCAAUCCCAUACUUCCUGACCACGUCCUCAGAUUCAGCUGUGACGGUCCUGGAAAAUAUCUGAAUGGCAGUUCAGUGCUGACAUGUGGUCACGACGGACAGUGGGAUAAUCCAUUCCCUUCUUGCACAGACACAUGCAAAGUCACAGGAGUACCAGACAACGUACACCUCAGGACACAUGCACCAGGCAAUCAACUAACACCAGGACAGAAGUUAAGGUUUUCUUGCCGCCUGCGAAGUGACUUUAUUCAGGGGAAAGCAGAAGUUGAGUGUUUGGAAAAUGGAGAGUGGAGUCAUCCCUUUCCGACAUGUGGCGCUCCUUUGGGUUGUGAGAGACCGCCACCUCUCGACAAUGGAGACACCAGGGAAACUCAAAAGUACAGAUACGCGCAUAAUGAACGGGUUGAAUACGUCUGUCAGAAAUACCACACUAUGCAGGAUGGGCCCUUCAAAACGUGCAACAACGGUGAUUGGACCGGAGAGAUGAGAUGCCUCAAACCCUGCACUGUGGAUACUGAAGUCAUGAACAAAAAUAAUAUUGCAUUCAGAUAUACCUAUGAAAAAAAGCUGUAUUCAACCCAUCUUGAUUAUAUGGAGUUCGCGUGUACCAGAGGAAGACGUCUCGGCACAGUGGCAAUGCGUCAGAGGUGUAUUGAUGGUGUGAUAGUACUGCCGACUUGCCUCUAUACAGAGGCAAGCGCUGACUCCGCGGGAGGAGCUCCUGGCUACGGGACCUCGAUUACCUGGACCAUCACUAUGAGAUUCUCUCUGCUUCUUUGUCUUUUUGUCCUGUGGGUGAACAUGGACGUUGCAUUGUCCCAGACUGAGCCUCCAGGCUGUGAGACUCCACCAGCUCUUGCAGAUGGAGACAUCAAGUACACCAUGAGAAGCCGGUACAGCCCCAAUGAGCGGGUUGAAUACAUGUGCCAGAAGUACUACACCAUGGAGGGUGAGCCGUACAGAACCUGCGUCAACGGGGAAUGGACCGGACGAUUGAGAUGCCUCAGUAAGUAAAAAUUCUCCUCAUAUCUACAUGCUUCUCAUAUUGACUUGCGUGCAAAAGUUUGUGUAGUUGAAAAAUUCAUCCAAAUUAUACAUUCAAAAUGGUUUCCAGGGGUUGGAUGUAACAGUUUGACACAGUAUGAUUUUUUUUUUUUUUUUAAUAAAUCAAACAUCCUUCUGUUCAGUUAAGGUUUUACUGUAGUGUGUAAUUUAUUAUGCAGUUAUUGUUUUUAUAGCUUACGCGUGCUUACGCGCACCAACUCCAGGCUUUAAAAUCACGUCACCAGGCAAAAAUAAGGAUAAAGUUUCUAUAUGAUAGAAAGAACCAGUGAUUUAAAGUAACUAAGUAGAUUUACUCAGGCACUGUGUGAUUUUAUGCUACUUCACACUUCCACUCCACAUUUCAGAGAACGUUGUGCUUUUCAUUCCUUUAGUCUUUUGGCAGCUAUAGUUACUCUGCAGAUUAUUAGAAAUUUUAAAACAUACAACGAGCAUGUACAAUACAAUGCACUUCCAUACAGUAAAUUAACCACCCAACAGUGUGUAAAAUGGGUAAAAUUAGCUCCGCUGGAGCCAGACACAUUAAAAUGCUGCUUACCUAUGAAUGCCUCAGUAAUAAUAAUAAUCGAAUAAUAUAAUAGAACCAUGAGGCCCUUUUGUCUGGAUAGUGAGAGUUUUAACUGUUUUUGUAUGUGCUUACAUUUUGCUAAUAAGUCUUAAAUACUUUUAGUGAAAUUUUGAAAGUAGAAAUUUUACUUUUAACUGAGUAUUUCUGAAUUGUGUUGUUUUUACUUUUACUUAAACCUGCAAUAAAUUUUGUGGGCACAUGGGGGCAGUGAAAACAAGUCGUGAACACAACGCUGACGUAUCAUCACCUUUUAAGUUGAUAUGGUGUCACGGCGGCUUAUUUACACAUCCAGCAGUUAUGUAGCAACAUUUUCAUUCAUUCUGAGUCGUGUUUGUGUCCAAUGUUCACUCUCUUUUAGCUCUGUUUUGGUCUCUACCAACGUCUGGGGGAUAAUAUUUGUC